AUGGUCCCGUGGAGAGGCAGGCUUAAUUUCCGGCAGUACUUGCCGGACAAAUCACACAAAUAUGGUGUGAAAAUAUACAAGCUUUGUUCUCCUGAUGGCUAUACCUGCAAGUUCAAAAUAUACGUAGGUAAAGGUGACAUUACAUCUGGAAAAGGCCACAAACAAAAAAUAAUGCUGCAUCUUAUUCAUGAUUUCUUAGGCCACGGCCGUUUGCUGUACGCUGAUAAUUAUUACAACAGCGUCGAGUUAGCUGAGGCCUUGCUUAAAAGAAAAACUUACCUUUGUGGUACCUUGAGAAAGGAUUUGAAGUCCAAUCCGAAGACUGUUAUAAGCAAGAAAUUGAAAAAGGGUGAAGUGUAUGCGCAGGAGAACAAACAAGGUGUAAAAGUAAUCAGCUGGGUCGACAAGAGGCGAGUAAACUUGAUAAGUACUCGACCUGAGGAUGGGGACAACUUAUUGCCCAGUAAAAAAACCAAUAGAAAUAACGAACCAAUCAUGAAACCUAGCUGUGUUUUAGCUUACAAUGAUGCCAAAAAGGGCGUAGACGUAUCAGACCAAAUGAGUUCGUAUUAUAGCCCAUUGAGAAAAACAUCUAAAUGGUACAAGAAGGUUGCACUAGAGUUAUUGCUGGGUACAUGUGUUGUGAACGCCUUUGUGGUAUUCAACAGUGUUAGGGAAAAGAAAGCUAAAUGGGAUAUGCUAAAAUUCCGAUCUGUUUUUUGUUGGCAAGAAAGCUUGUAG